CCCUCCGCCGCCUCCUCUCCUAGCCUUCCCCUCCUCCGCCGCCGCCAUCUGCCGUCGAGAGCCCCGGUUGCCCACCCCCGCGGCGACGAUGGCGGGCCAGGAGUCGCUCACCCUGGCGGGCGUCCUGCGCGGCCACAACGACAUGGUGACGGCGAUCGCGGCGCCGAUUGACAACUCGCCCUUCAUCGUCUCCUCCUCCCGCGACAAGUCGCUGCUGGUGUGGGACAUCACCAACCCGUCCACCGCCGUGGCCACGGAUCCCGAGGCGGCCCCGCCGGAGUACGGCGUCUCGUACCGCCGCCUCACCGGCCACUCCCACUUCGUCCAGGACGUCGUCCUCAGCUCCGACGGCCAGUUCGCGCUCUCGGGAUCCUGGGACGGCGAGCUCCGCCUCUGGGACCUAGCCACCGGCCGCACCACCCGCCGCUUCGUCGGCCACACCAAGGACGUCCUCUCCGUCGCCUUCUCCGUCGACAACCGCCAGAUCGUCUCCGCGGCGCGCGACAACACCAUCAAGCUCUGGAACACCCUCGGCGAGUGCAAGUACACCAUCGGCGGCGACCAUGGCGCCGGCGAGGGCCACACCGGGUGGGUCUCCUGCGUCAGAUUCUCCCCCAACCCCAUGGCCCCCACCAUCGUCUCCGGCUCGUGGGAUCGCAGCGUCAAGGUCUGGAACCUCACGAACUGCAAGCUGCGCACCAAGCUCGAGGGCCACAACGGCUACGUCAACGCCGUCGCCGUGAGCCCAGACGGCUCCUUGUGUGCCUCCGGUGGGAAGGACGGAACCACCCUGCUCUGGGAUCUCACCGAGGGGAAGAUGCUGUACAAGCUCGACGCCGGCGCCAUCAUCCACUCCCUCUGCUUCUCGCCCAACCGCUACUGGCUCUGCGCCGCGACAGAGGACUCCGUCAAGAUCUGGGACCUCGAGUCCAAGCUCGUCAUGCAGGACCUCAAGCCAGAAGUCCAGGCCUUCAAGAGCCAGAUGCUGUACUGCACAAGUUUGAGCUGGAGCGCUGAUGGCAGCACCCUCUUCGCUGGCUACACUGAUGGAACUAUCAGGGUUUGGAAGGUCUCAGGGUUUGGCGGCUAUGCAAUCUAGGUGGUGAAUUUGUUGAAAGGCUUAGGAAUCUUAAUUUAAACAUCGUGAUGCCUAUCAAGUUUUUGACAGUUCUGAGGCAUAACAUUUGCCUGGUACUUUCUACUUCAUUUUCAUUAAUUAAUGAUUAGAUUUGCCAAUGAGCUUAUCGGUACUCUGGAACUAUGGAAGAGGAUCCUUAUGCAUAUUUUUUGUUUUUGGCUAAGUUGAAAAGAUAUUAGUUAUGCAACUUUCGGAGCCUCAUUGCCUAGAUGUAAAUAAUGCUUCAUCAAUUGCUAUUUUCUGAUGAUUUUGAUGGUGCUAAUUAGCUUUUCA